CACAGCUGGUUUCUUAAAUGUCUGCCAUGAAACAUUACUCGUGCAGGACCAUCCUUUAUUCGCUGAUCUUCACAGUCCUCAUCCUCACCCUGGAUGCUCAGAGUGACUCUGACUGUUCCAUAGAAAUUAGAGUACGUCGCAACACAGUUCAUAAUGCCUCAGCUGGACAACAACUUUGGAUUAAUUGCCCAGUUAUUUUUUGCAAUGAUUCACCACCAACAGUCACCUGGUAUAAAGUUGAGGAAACUAUUGUCCCCAUCAAUGUCAGUGGUGACAGUCACAUUAUAACAGCAUGGAAACAUUUAAACAAGUCAGCAGGGAUCUCCUAUUUGAUCUUCCAAAACAUUCUCAGAAAUGACUCUGGUCAGUAUCAGUGUCAAGUUCAAGGUGGAAGGAGUAUGAGUCAUGCCAUCACUGUCAAUGUCUAUGAUCAUAAUGAAAUUACCACUGUUACACAGAAUAAUGUCAGAGGUGACUCUGACUGUUCCACAGAAAUUAAAGUACGUCGCAACACAGUUUAUAAUGCAUCAGCUGGACAACAACUUUGGAUUAAUUGCCCAGUAUUUUUUUGCAAUGAUUCACCACCAACAGUCUCCUGGUAUAAAGUUGAGGAAACUGGUGUCCCCGUCAAUGUCAGUGGUGACAGUCACAUUAAAACAGAGUGGAAACAUUUAGACAAACCAGUGGGGAUCUUCUAUUUGAUCUUCCGAAACAUUCUCAAAACUGACUCUGGUCAGUAUCAGUGUCGAGGUGGAGGGAGUGUGAGUUAUGCCAUCACUGUCAAUGUCUACGAUCAUAGUGAAAUUAUCACUGUUACACAGAAUAAUGUCAGAGUCAGCACAACUUCUGCUCCUGACAACACAGAAAACUUGUUGCUGUACGUGUACUCUGCUGCUGGGGUCACCUCAUUCGUCAUCAUAGUCAUAAUCAUAUCUGUCAUAUCAAUGCGAGGCUGUAAAGGGAAGCCAAAGAAGGACAGUCAAGCUGAAAAUCAGCAGAUGGAGAUCCCCAUGGUGGAUCAAUUCUUUUCAAAAGUCAUCUUCAAGCACUUGGAAAGAGGAAGCCCCUCUGCUCUACGACCUCGGAGAUGUAACAAGGAAACCAUCAUCGCAACUCAAUGAGAUGGCAUUAUCAAGAUAUGAUGAACAGGCAUAUUGACCAAGGAGCUCAAUACGCCAGUUUGAGGAGGAGAGCAGUUAUGUUGUGUUUGCUGCUCCCAACCAUGAGCUGUACCAUUAGCAGGUGAUGCAAAGAUUUACUUGAAGUGUAAAAUACAACCUGUAAACCAUAAGCGGUCAUCUCCAGGGCUGAAAAAUGAUGUCCAAGUGCCAAAGCCUGCAGUUCUUUAAAUGUCCACUUGAGGCUGUCUCAAAGUUUACAGUAGAAAUAAACAUGGUUACAGGAUAACACAAGAAAAUGGUUUUGGUCUCUGUGGCUAAUUUCCCAGUUCAUUUGAUUAGUUUGUCAGAAUCCUGGAGUUUUCGAUCCAGCCUUUUCACUUUUUCUACUUUCAGUUUCUGUCAUUUUUAUUUUUUCUGUCUGACUUCUAGUCAUAUAAUUUUGGUUUUGUAGCUGUAUUAGUUAUUUCUUGUUGAUUUUGUUAUAUAGCCUAAGGCUUUUUUCUUGAAGUUUCUGUCUUCUGUCUCUUAUUUUAGUUUUUUUCGUGCCCAUGUUUGCCCGUAUCUUGUAUAUUCUCCAUCAUAAUGUUAGAUGUUCCUUUAAUUAGCUACUUCCUGUUUUAUUUUGCUAGUCUUGUGUGUGUUGUGUUCAGUGUUGCUUACCCUUUGGGCGUUUCUCAAUAUGCGUACUUGUGCGUACUUGCG